AUGACUUACAGAUGCAGCAUCUUUCAUCCAUAUCCUCCAUAUCACAAAUAUCAUCAUCCAGGAGAUCUUAUGGUUGGUGGAAUUUCAUCUCAAGUUGGUCCAGUCUCUGAAAAACUCACCUUUCAAGUUCAUCCACCACCAGUAUUGCCUGGAGAGUUUUUUGGAGUUCCUAAGAAUUACCAGCACAUCCUGGCUUUUGCAUUUGCAGUAAAGGAGAUCAAUGAAAACCCACAAAUCUUACCUAAUCUCACCCUGGGCUUCUACAUUUAUGAUAGCUAUGACAAUGCUCAAAGAACUUAUCAAGCCACCAUGCUACUUCUAUCGACAGCUGAGAGACUGGUUCCCAAUUACUUAUGUAACUUCCAGAAUAAAGUUACAGCUGUUAUUGGAGGAUUGGAUGCUGAAAUUUCACUCCAUGUGGCAACUCUCUUGGAUAUCUUUAAGAUUCCACAGCUCAUUUAUGGAUCUCCUCCAAUAAUGAAUGAUAAAACUCCAGGCCUUUCAUUUUAUCAGAUGGUUCCCCCAGAAGAACUUCAGCAAAAAGGGAUUCUCUCACUGCUCCUGCAUUUCAAUUGGACGUGGAUUGGGAUACUUAUCAUGGACAAUGACCAGGGAGAAAAAUUUGUAGAAACAGUGAUUUCUCUUUUUCCCAAAAAUGGGGUUUGUGUUUCUUUCAUUCACCGAUUCCCCAAAUUUACUGUUUUCAGUGGAUUUGAGGGCAUGCUUCAAGAGGGGGUAAAAACCUAUGAUCAUGUCAUGAGUAGUAAGGUUAAUGCAUUGGUGUACAAUGGAGAAUUCCUUGCUAUGAGCUUUUUGUUAUGGUUCCAGUAUAUUCCAAAGAUAGAAGAGGUAAGAAGUAAACCAAAAGGUAUUGUGUGGAUAAUAACAUCACAGGUAGAGUUCGGUUUAGUCCCUUUUCAACGUGCUUGGGAUAUCAAAAUAAUUGAUGGUGCCCUUUUCCUCACAAUGCACUCCACUGCUCUACCAGAGUUCAGAUCAUUUGCUGGGAAGCAAAACCCCUUCACCACAAAGGGAGAUGGAUUUAUCAGACAGUUCUGGCAAGAAGCCUUUGACUGCGUAUUCCCAAAUGUUGUUAUGAGUGAUGUUCCUGAGAAUAUUUGCAGUGGAACAGAGGAUUUGGAAAGCCUUCCUGGGGCUCUUUUUGAAAUGGACAUGACUGGCCACAGUUACAGUGUCUACAAUGCUGUUCAUGCCAUAGCUCAUGCUUUACAUGCAUUGUCAUCUUCAAGAGAUACUGAGAGAUCUAUGUUCCACUAUUUUUUGAGAAAUGUUGCUUUUAACAAUACUGUUGGGGAGCUGGUCACUUUUGAUCAGAAUGGGAUUGUGGCAGCUGGAUUUGAUAUUAUCAACUUGAUUGCUUUCCAAAACAAGUCAUUUCUUCAUGUGAAAGUUGGAAAUGUGGACCAUUCAGCUCCUCCAGAUAAACUGUUAACCAUCAAUGAUGAGCUGAUUACAUGGCAUAGCUGGUUUAACCAGGUGAUACCCAUCUCUGUCUGCAGUGAGAGCUGUUAUCCUGGUUCCAGCAAAAAAGUGAAGGAAGGAGAGCCAUUUUGCUGUUAUGACUGCAUCCCCUGUCCAGAAGGGAGGGUUUCAACUGAGAAUGAUAGAAAUGAAUGUUCCAGAUGCAAAGACAAAUACUAUCCAAACAAGAAACACACUUUUUGUAUUCCCAAAAGUAUUAGUGUCUUAACUUAUGAAGAACCUUUAGGGAUCAGUUUAGCCUGUAUUACACUUUCUUUUUCAAUGACUACUGCUCUUGUGCUUGGAGCAUUUCUGAGUCACAACAAGACUCCCAUAGUAGUAGCCAACAACCGGGACCUGACCUACACUCUGCUCAUUGCCCUCCUGCUCUGCUUCCUUUCAGCACUGCUAUUUAUUGGCCAACCAGGAAAAUUUACCUGCCUACUCCGACAAACAACAUUUGGUGUGGUCUUUUCGGUGGCUGUUUCUUCAAUCUUGGCAAAGACCAUCACAGUGGUUCUGGCUUUUAUGGUCACUAAACCAGGAUCCAAAAUGAGAAAAUGGGUUGGGAAAAAAAUAACCAAUUCUAUUGUUGUUUCCUGCUCUCUGAUUCAAGCAGGCAUUUGUACUCUCUGGUUGUCAAUUAACCCUCCAUUCCCAGAUGUUGAUAUGACCUCAAUGACUGAAGAAAUUAUUCUGCAGUGUAAUGAAGGCUCUGCGACCAUGUUUUAUUGUGUCCUUGGCUAUAUGGGUUUCUUGGCUCUUGUCAGCUUCACUACAGCUUUUCUUGCCAGGAAGUUACCAGAUAGUUUCAAUGAAGCCAAAUUCAUCACCUUCAGCAUGUUGGUCUUUUGUAGUGUUUGGUUGUCCUUUGUUCCAGCAUACCUGAGCUCCAAAGGGAAAUACAUGGUAGCUGUGGAGAUCUUCUCUAUCUUGACCUCUAGUGCUGGGCUUUUGGGUUGCAUCUUUUUCCCCAAAUGUUAUAUCAUUGUAUUUCGGCCUGAGUUGAACAAAAGGGAACAAUUAAUGAGAAAGAAGAUUGAUUAA